GUGGCGCCUCCCCGGGUGGCGCGAGGCAUCCGGACGGACGCAGAUGCCUCCCUUCAGUCUGUCGCCACCUGUUCUCCAUCCGCGGACGGGACCAUGUCGUGAGCGCAGUCAUGUGACACUCAACCAGCAUCUCAGGCGGGCAUGCCCCUCUUGUGAUGAUGCUGCCGCCCCCGCUGCUGCUACUGCUCUGUCUCCUUCUAGUCAGCUGCGAGGCGAGCAAGAGCAACCCACACAGGAACGUCUCGGAGCUGCUGGACAACCUGCUCAGGGGCUACGACAACAGCGUCCGGCCCGACUUCGGAGGUCCGCCAGCGGUGGUGGAGGUGGACAUGGUGGUGCGCAGCAUGGGGCCCAUCUCAGAGGUCGACAUGACUUAUUCUAUGGACUGCUACUUCAGACAGACGUGGGUGGACCGGAGGUUGGCUUUCAAGGGCAGCAAAGAGACCCUGGCACUCAGCAUUUCGAUGCUGAUGCGCAUCUGGAAACCGGACACCUAUUUCUACAACGGCAAACAGUCUUACCUCCACACCAUUACCACCCCCAACAAAUUCGUGCGGCUAUACCAAGACGGCAGGGUGCUAUACUCGUCUAGAUUGACCAUCAAAGCGGGGUGUCCAAUGAACCUGGAGGACUUCCCGAUGGACACGCAGCGAUGUCCCCUCAAGUUCGGCAGCUUCGGCUACACGACGCAGGACGUGUUGUACAGAUGGAAUCCUGCCCGCCAAGUGGCAAUAGCCGACGAUAUGAAGCUCUCACAGUUCGACCUGAUUGCAAACCCCGCGGGGAACCAGACUGACGUGCUCAAAGCUGCAAUUCAAGGGGAGUACUCGAUGCUGCUGGUGAGUUUCCACCUGCAGAGACACAUGGGCAACUUCCUCAUCCAGGUGUACGGCCCCUGCAUUUUGCUCGUGGUGCUCAGCUGGGUCUCCUUCUGGCUCAACCGGGAGGCCACUGCCGACAGAGUGUCCUUAGGAAUCACCACCGUUCUGACGAUGACCUUCCUCGGUCUGGAGGCGCGAACCGAUUUGCCCAAGGUGGCCUACCCGACGGCCCUGGACUUUUUCGUCUUCCUCUCCUUUGCGUUCAUUUUUGCCACAAUUAUACAGUUCGCAGUGGUGCAUUACUUCACCAAGUACGGCUCUGGUGAGGUUUACUUCAGCUCAGAAUUCAACUCAGAUUCGGACUCCUCGGACAGUGAUGCUUGGGACACAGACAAUGCUCAUUCAUCACAAGAUGAUGCUUUGAGCGACUACCCAAACAGAGACACGUGCGUCGAGGUAAUUCCGCUCUCCGCGCCAAGCUGCCUGCAGCGCGAACCGCCGCCACCUUGGCUGUGCUUUUCGCGGCCGCAGCGACGACCGGCCGCCUUUCCGGUCGCGCUGCGGGACCAGCGGAGGCGCGAGCCGCCGUCCGCCCCUGCUCCAAACCUCACCCGGAGGCGGCGAUCAUCCACCUCGUGUCCCAACAGACCGCCCCCGCAACGGCGUCGGCGGAAGAAACGCACCCCGCGCUACAACUCAGUGUCCAAAAUCGACCGCGCCUCUCGCCUCGUGUUCCCGCUCUGCUUCCUCUGCAUCAACGUGUUUUACUGGUACUCGUACCUGGCCAGGAGCGAGCGCAUUAAGAACUGAGAGAAACGCGUCAGUUUUAAUUUUUACAUUGAAAAUAUCAGUUGUUUCAAAUUUCAAAUUUUUGAACUCGAAGAAUUGAUAACGAAUUGUGAAAAUUAUAAAAAAAAUUGGAGUUGAAUUUUAAAAGAAAUAUUUAUUUCUAUAGAAGAUGUUCUAUUUGGUGUAAAAGGGAUUGAAGGCUUUUGGGAAAAUUAAGAUUCUAUAUCAGUUGAGAUCCUGACUGCUCUUUUUGCAAUGAAUUGAAAAGAAGUUUUAUAAUUUUGAACAUAACACUAAAUCAAAAAUUUAAAGUUUUUCAAAUGGAAGUCAUAUGAUUACAUUAUUUGGUUAGAUUGAGAGGUUGAAAAAAAACGAAAAAUUUUGUACUAAAAGAAAAUAUAUUUGAAUCUUCAAGAAUCUUAAAUAUAUAAAUAUGAAUUAAUUUUUCCAAGGUUUCAAACCCUUUACAAAAAAUUCAAUACUAUUGCUAUCAGCGUCUUGCAAUUUUAUUUUUCAGUGUGUGAUUGUCGAUGCUAAAUAAGAUGAAUUAAUUGCUAUGCAAUAAAUUUUAUGUGAAUUGUUGAGUGAAUGGCAUGCAACAAAAUAUGUCUGUAUAAAAAACUCGUUUAUGUUAAUUGUAAAAGACAAAAGGGUGGAUCCCUUGUUGAUUUGAAGAUUUGAUUCCGAACACUCUAGCCUAAUAGAAAGUCUCAUUCAUUGUACCAGAAAAUCUGGAACCGGCAAAGGCAAUAUCAAAAAGUUCCGAAUGAUCCUGUCUAAAGCACACAAAAAGAGGAGGAAUAAAAAUAUACCUCUUGAACAAGCGCGAAUUGCAAAAGUCAAUAUUGGCCGCGAGUUGUUACUAUCUGCCGGCGAGGAGGGUAUAAUUUUUUGGCAGGUCCUCCCUUGAAUGGGCGAGGGAAAAAGUACAUACUCUUGGUGUAUGAGAGGAGAGAGCAAAAAGCCGACCGAUUGGAGCUCGUUGGCCGUGAAAACACCUGGCGGAAGUAAUGCUUCUUAUUUUUUCUUUUCGCGAGAGAGCUCGGUUUUUAUUUUCUCGAAGCAAUGCACAGUUGGGAAAACACUGCAGCCAAAGAAGAAAAUGGUCUCGUUUUUCAGGCCGCAGGCUCGUAUAUAAAGUCUCUCGCUAUUCACCUCUAGAAACGAGAUAUGGAAAUUUAUGCAUGCACUUGCUCUGCCCCCGAGUGCAAGCGGGAUUUUUAAUAUUAAUGCUCUUGUGUGACUUGGUCCCUUUUGUUCUCGCACGUUGCAAACCCUUUUUGCAGAGGCAAUUUGCUUUUAACUCCACUGUGGGAAAAUCUACGUUUUUGUCGAGGUAUAUUCUUCUUUUCCAGAAUUUCAAAGAAUAGAAUAAAUUUUAAGUACGAGGAAGAUUCUUUUUAUUGAUCUUUCCGAAAUCCAAAAUCAAACAGAACGUUGAUUACAGACGGUCUUGGUGCUUUUUUCCUACUGAGGAAAGUAUGCGGGUAGGUUUAUUUCCUUGGUGGUGGGUGCACUCCGAUCGAGCCCCUCGAGUGAACCCCAUCAGCCAAACCAAACAGUCUUGAUUAAAAAAUAAAUAAGUAUACACACGAGAGCAAAAAAAGUGAAGUGCGCGGGAGCGUUUUUGCUGUCAGCGGGCUUAAUUUCCUCCUGUUUUCCAUUGCUGAUAACUCUGGAUUCCAAUCUCGCGUUCAUCGUACACGUGUCUCAUCAACACUUAAUUGUAACAAUGAGAUAGUUGGGUGAAUAAAAAUGAACAAUAA